AGUGUGACACGUUGAGUGUAAACACGUCAGAUGCUAAAUUUUACAUAUUUUCAAAUUGUUGCUUUAAAAUAAUUGAUUUUGCCUUUUUUGCAAUUGUGGUAAUGUUAUUGAUGAUAUCCUGCUGAUAGUAAUUACCCGUAUUCCGUCAUAUAGCUGAUCAAUCCAUUUUAAAUUUUGCAUAACCUUACAUAUUUCGGAAAAAAUGGGUGCAGUGGAACAGCCGUGUUAUACCCUUAUAAAUGCUCUCAGUGACUCAGAACCCUAUAAUGAAAUGCAAUUAAAAAUUGACUUGGAAAAGGGGGAUGUUAAAGUUAAGAUCGAGGCAUUAAAGAAGACCAUAAACAUGAUUUUAGCCGGUGAACGUUUACCUGGGGUGUUGAUGAUUAUCAUACGCUUUGUCCUUCCCCUACAAGAUCAUACGGUCAAAAAACUGUUGUUAAUUUUUUGGGAAAUCGUUCCAAAAACCUACGGGGAUGGUAAACUUUUGCAAGAAAUGAUUCUUGUUUGUGACGCGUAUAGGAAAGAUUUACAACAUCCAAAUGAAUUUGUACGUGGAUCUACCUUACGAUUUUUAUGUAAAUUAAAAGAACCCGAGUUAUUAGAACCUUUAAUGCCAGCAAUUCGUGCGUGUUUGGAACAUCGGCACUCUUAUGUUAGACGAAAUGCUGUCCUAGCAAUUUUCACUAUAUAUCGCAACUUUGAAUUUUUAAUUCCUGAUGCCCCAGAGUUGAUUGCAACGUUUUUAGAUGGUGAACAAGACAUGUCUUGCAAGCGCAAUGCGUUUUUGAUGCUAUUGCAUGCAGAUCAGACACGUGCACUUUCUUAUUUAACGUCCUGCUUAGAUCAAGUGAAUACUUUCGGUGACAUCUUGCAGUUGGUUAUUGUAGAAUUGAUCUAUAAAGUUUGUCACAGCAAUCCACUGGAACGGUCGCGGUUUAUUCGAUGUAUUUACAAUCUUUUGAACUCGAGCAGUGCUGCCGUGCGAUACGAAGCUGCCGGGACAUUAGUCACACUAUCCAAUGCCCCAACUGCAAUAAAAGCGGCAGCCACAUGUUACAUUGAGCUGAUUAUCAAAGAGAGCGAUAACAACGUGAAGUUAAUUGUACUGGACCGUCUCAUUGCAUUGCGUGAACAUCCCGCGCACGAGCGUGUCUUACAAGAUUUGGUCAUGGAUGUUCUGAGAGUGUUGGCGACACCGGACUUGGAAGUUCGCAAUAAAACGUUAGGCCUAGCUUUGGAUCUUGUCUCCUCACGUAACAUUGAAGAGAUGGUGUUGGUGUUAAAGAAAGAGGUCUCAAAAACGCACGAUGUCGAACACGAGGACACUGGGAAGUAUCGGCAGUUGCUAGUUCGCACCUUGCACUCUUGCUGUAUUAAAUUUCCCGACGUGGCUGUCACUGUUAUACCUGUUCUAGCAGAAUUUUUGUCGGAUACUAAUGAAUUGGCUGCCACCGACGUUUUACUAUUUGUCAGAGAAGCUAUUCAGAAAUUUGAGCACUUGCGACCUUUGGUAAUUGAGAAAUUAUUGGAAUCGUUUGCGGAAAUCAAAUCUGUCAAAGUUCACCGAGCAGCAUUAUGGAUUCUCGGGGAGUACGCCACAACCGUCACCGAUAUAGAAACCGUUGUGAAACAAUUUCAUCUCACCCUAGGAGAAGGAAUUUUGUUGGAGAUUGAACAGAAGUUAGUAAGUGGAGAAACCUCGACAGACGGCGCUAGUGUUCCUCAAGCCACAACUACUACUGCUACAUUAGUUACAUCCGACGGCACUUAUGCUACACAAUCUGCAUUUAACACAGUCCAGAAAUCCAAAAAGGAACAAAGGCCACCACUUCGUCAGUAUUUAAUGGAUGGAGAUUUUUUCAUAGGAGCUGCACUUGGUACAACCUUAACCAAGCUUGCUCUUCGCUACGGGUUGUUAGUCAAUGAAGCCAAAAGGAAUCAUUUCGAUGCCGAAAUUAUGCUUUUGCUUUCGGGUAUUAUUCAUCUUGGAAAAUCUGGUUUACCAACCAAGGCGAUCACAAACGAUGAUGUUGACCAUUUAUUGUUUUGUUUGCGCGUGUUAUCGGAUCGCUCCACAACUAUAAUAAAUAUUUUUAAUGAUUAUUGUCGCCAAGCGCUAAAUGAUAUGUUGAAUGCUAAAGAAGCAGAGGAGGCCGCCACUCAAAAGGCCAAAGAGAAAGUGAGCAAUAUAAUUCAAGUGGAUGAUCCAAUAUCGUUUAUGCAAUUACAAUCCGAUCGAUCUGAAUUAGGUGAAAAUGUAUUCGAAACGUCCCUUUCGCAAGCACUUGUAGGCGGUCGAACUGCUACCUCUGAGACUACUUCGACCACAAAACUGAACAAGGUCACGCAACUAACCGGAUUUUCCGACCCUGUAUAUGCCGAGGCAUACGUCCACGUUAACCAAUAUGACAUUGUCUUAGAUGUUCUCAUUGUAAAUCAAACGAACGACACACUUCAAAAUUGCACUUUGGAACUUGCCACUUUAGGCGACCUCAAGUUAGUGGAGAAGCCCCAACCUGUAGUCUUGGCGCCUAAAGACUUUUGCAACAUUAAGGCGAAUGUCAAAGUUGCAUCCACGGAAAAUGGAAUCAUUUUCGGCAACAUUGUUUAUGAUGUAACCGGAGCUGCAUCGGAUAGAAAUGUGGUUGUAUUAGAUGACAUUCAUAUCGACAUCAUGGAUUACAUUGUACCCGCAACAUGCAACGAUUCCGAAUUCAGACAAAUGUGGGCCGAAUUUGAAUGGGAAAAUAAAGUGUCGGUCAAUACGACCAUAACUGAUCUAUCGGAGUAUUUGAAACAUUUAGUGAAAAGUACCAAUAUGAAAUGUUUAACUCCCGAAAAGGCAUUGUCUGGACAAUGCGGCUUUAUGGCAGCAAAUAUGUACGCCAAAUCAAUUUUUGGAGAGGAUGCUCUAGCAAACUUGAGUAUUGAAAAGCCUUUUAAUAAACCAGAAGCUGCGGUUACAGGGCAUAUCCGUAUAAGGGCGAAGAGUCAGGGUAUGGCACUGAGUUUGGGCGACAAAAUUAAUAUGACCCAAAAAGGACAUCAACCGAAAGUGGUGGCUGCAUAAACAGAAUUUAUAUUAUUAAGUAAAUAUGUAUGAAUGUCACAUUAUGUAAUACAUUUGUAAGCUCCAUUAGAUGUAUAUUAACAUAUGAUUUGUCUAAUAGUAAUAGUGUUAAGAUCAAA